AUGACCAUCGAGGUCCCUAAACCUUUCCCCUACAAAGAUGACAAAGCUGUCCCAUGGAACUACAAUUACAAUCGGACGUUGCUAUACACCAGAGGCAUUAGAGAAUUUCAGGAAGGAGAAGGGAAAAGAAAAAGGGCAAAAUUCAAGAAAAAAAAAGUGCAAUCUCAAGAAUCGACAGAUGGCUCAAAGGGGUUGGUGACGGAAAAAGAAGCUGCCGAGUUCCUCAAGUUCAUUAAACAUAGUGAGUACAAUGUGGUCGAGCAAUUGAACAGGUUGCUUGCUUGUAUCUCACUGUUAUCAUUGCUCCUCAACUCAGAACCACAUAGGAAUUCUUUGAUGAGGAUUCUGAACCAAGCAUAUGUGGAUCACAACAUUUCAGUUGAAAAUUUAGACUACAUCAUUGGGAACAUUUUAGUGGGUAACAUAAUAUCCUUUAAUGAUGAAGAAAUCCCUUCUGGAGGUAAGGGAAAUUACAAAGCCUUGCAUAUCACUACCAAGUGUAAAGGUUGUACCGUCGUAAAAGUGCUGCUUGAUAACGGAUUAUCCUUGAAUGUGAUGCCCAUGAGGACCUUGGCCCGCUUACCCAUUGACAUGUCUUACAUGAGAAAAAGCCAGAUGAUUGUGAGAGCCUUUGAUAGGACGAGGAGAGAAGUAGUAGGGGACAUUGAGAUACCGAUAAAAAUCGACUCGUGUACCUUUUCCACUGAAUUUCAAGUUAUGGAUAUUGUUCUUUCAUACAAUUAUUUGUUGGGAAGACCUUGGAUCUACUUGGCUAGGGCCAUACCUUCAUCGCUUCACCAAAAAUUCAAGUUCAUCGUGGAUGGGAAGAUUGUAUGUGUUAACAGGGAAGAGGACUUACUCAUAAGCAAGCUAGCGGAUACUCCUUACGUGAAAGCGAAGGAAGAAGUGCCUGAAUGUUUCUUUCGAUCCUUCGAGUUUGUUAACACCACAUAUAUUGAAGAAAGAACCACACCACCCAUUCUGAGGCUUUCCAAAACCACCAAGAUGGCUGUCAGUCAGAUAGUAAGGAAAGGAUACAAAGCAAGGGUAGGAUUGGGAAGAGAAUUACAAGGCAUUAAAAGGCCAAUACGUGCUACCAAAAAUGAAGAAAGGUUUGGCCUGGGAUAUAAGCCGACUAAGAAGGAAAGAGAAGAAAUGAUAGCCGAAAAAAAAAAGGGAAAGGUUGGCUCACUUUAA